AUGGGCCGCCCUAAGAUCCACAAAAGUGAGGAGGAGAAAAAGUCUGCACAGCGCCUUUGGAAUUCGAACUACUAUGCGAAAAACCGUCAGGAAAUCAAUUCAAACGCCAGAAUGAAGCGGAAGGCUCAGCGUAAAAAUACAUCACUCACAGCUCAAGGCGAGGACGGAAUCAAACGCCAAAGUCAUAUGAACAGGAGAUGGAGAGCCAAAUGUUUACAGAAACCUGCCACCGAAAGCUACCACCAUAUGUCCCCUACCGCUGUCUCAUCACCAGUAACGCCUACAUCAUCCCGCCGAUGGGACACUUGGUCCAGCCCUACCUGGCCAUCUAGUCCAUCCCCUAGCCCAGAGAAGUCUCUCAGCGCCUAUCAGAGCUCGUGUCCGAACACGCGGGCGAGCCCCACGCCGACAUCGAACCUUAGCGGGAACCUUGGCUCUAUGACGGAGUCCUUUGCCCUUUCUAGUGCUGGUGAAAUCUCCGCGCGGCUUCUUUCUCUCUUCGGCGGCGAUAUCACGGGCCGCUUGGAUGAUCUAUGCCUCGGUUUCAUCGAGGCACGAUCUGACGCGAUUAGAGAACAUCUUCGCGAUGAAGUGUUCGGUGUUCAUUCAGGGCUUGCCGUUCUCAUGGGGGCGGCGGUAGAAUAUAGGUGUCACGCAUCCAUACCCGAGAAUGUUCGUGUCCAGGCGCAGGUGUAUAGGAUUGCUGAGGUUAACAGGGCCGUCGAAGACGUAUUAGGUACCAUGGCUUUUGAGGACGCAUUGGCCCUCGCUAGCAUGCGUAAUGAAGGUCGACUUCUGUAUCAAACCCGACGGAUCGAAUUUGGCUUCAUAUGUAAACCACUAUUCUAUUCUCAUACGUUACUAUCGUCUCAACCAAACUUCAACGCCACCGGCACGCCAAGCGGCAGGCGCGUCAAGCCUAACAAGGACAAUCUUAAGUUCCGAGAUAGCGGCCGGCAAAUAGCGGAGGCCCGAGGGCGCGAUAUUAUCACAACGCCUUCAAGCUUGAGCUUGAAGCUUGAAGGUUCAAACAACAGCCUGACAAACCGUAUCCAGCCGGUCGUGCUUGUGCAGUGCUUACUUAGGCCCCUCCCCUUCUCCCGAGUCAAGAUGCAUCCCUGCGUCGAUGCGCACAUGAGACUAUUCAAUAAUGACUAUGAAAGUCUCUUCUUAAAGGGAAUCCACGCCGCAGGCACGUCAGUGGUCCUGCUCUCUACCCUCACUAUGCAGCCUUUAGACCUCCCCUUCGACUCACCUUACCACUGGCGCGACCCCUCCAUCGAGGAACUCACCGCUAUGCUCCAGCAGGAUCGCGAAAGACUAAAGUUACGUCUACGCAUUGAUGACUAUUCAGCGUAG